AUGCUACAAAAUAUAAAAGACGAUUUAUCUGGCCUCAUAUUUACUCGAUCCUCAGCAACCAAAGUAUUAGGCCUUCAAGACUUGUCGUCGCCAACGAUUCCAUCGCUUGCGCUCAACACUUUUACACUCUUCUCCAGUCUUCCUGUCGAGCUGCGUUUGAUCAUCUGGAACUUUGCAGUUUCCGAAUCUCGUCUCAUCGUAGUUUCUUACACGACCAACACCAGCGAACUCGACAGCGAAGUCUUUGUCGACGCACCCCCGCCCCCGCCUUGUCUCUCCGUAUGCCACGAGUCGCGCGCAGUGGCACUGAGAAAAUAUCAAAAAUGCUUUAUAACUGAAAAAUGUUCCUCCCCGGCGAACCUCAAUUUUGAAAAUGAUUGUUUCCUGAUCGGUGGACCGGAUGCAAAUAUAGACAUGGAUUAUCUGAUGUCUGUUCUUCUGCCCGGAGAAAACUCUCACAAAGUACGGUUUUUGCAUAUGUCACGCGGGUGUUGGAAAGAGUUUGCGUAUUGGAGAUAUCUUCGAACCCGGUUUUCGGGGCUGGAAGAGUUGACCAUCAGUUUUCCGACUGGCGCGUCGUUGCCUCCGUAUACGCAUGAUUGUUGGUAUGGGGCCUUGAGUCGGGAGAAUAAGGAGAUUGUGGUCAAGAUUGAACUUCAUGAGCAUCAAGAGGAUCAGCAUGCUGAUAAGCCUAGGUGGAAGCCGCGGUUUGAGUUGAGAAUAAUACAUUACGAUAGUCCGCCUUCAAAGGGGAAUUACUGA